AUGCCUGCUGCUGCUGCUGUUGUCAGUAUUCUCAUCGCUGGUGGUCCAUCAUUUGGCUCGCCAUGCAAGACCCUUCACGAGGCAGUCUUUGCCCUCAAUGGUGCCUCGUCCUUGCGUAGUCGUAUAUCUAGUAGUCCUAGUAUAGCAUUCGAGAAACUGCAGGGGCUAAUCGAAUCCAAUUUAGUAUGGAACGAAGUAGUGUAUACUCCAACACUGGGCACCAACAAGUCCGGGCCCAUAAAUACUGAGAGUCCCCCUUCUUGCGCCGUCGGAUAUCGGUCGUUGACCCUCUCGGGCUUGACCAGAACCACUGUGCUUCGUGACACCACUCGAGGUAGUCCGCCGACGGACUUGGUGUACAUCUCCAACUGCAGCGAGACCAGCAUUUACCUCUCUGGUGAGGACACUGUAGUAGACUGUAGUGGCCAGUUCCUUCUGGAGUUGGAGAGCGGAGUGGAUGUCAACUUGUAUACAUUGACCAGGGUAAGUUGA